AGACCACCUAAUCUCUCUCUCUAAUCCGACGGAAGCAGCAGCAGCUAGCGACACACAACAACUACAGCAAGCACACAGCAGGAGGAGGAAGAAGAAGGCUCCAUCUAUCUAUACUCUAUAGUUCCACACGCAUGGGGAACUGCGCCAUCACGCACCAGGCCACGUCGUGGGCGGACGACGGCGAGUGGGAGCUGCCGUCGCCGGGCGACGACGAGGCGCACGAGGAGCGGAGGAAGGAGCACGCCAGCGAGGUGACCAUCCGGAUCAGCAAGCGCCAGCUGCAGGAGCUGGUGGACAAGAGGGCCGACGACGGCGUCUGGAAGGGCCGGCGGUCGGCGUCGGAGCUUCUGGCGGACAUCAUGAACGCCGGGGAGGUGCACCACCACGUCGACCACUGCAGGGCGGCGCACUGGAAGCCCGCCCUCCAGAGCAUCCCGGAGGCGGUGGAGUCGUGACGCUACGCCCCGUGACGCGUGCCGGCCAUGGCUUUCGAUCGCCGGGUUUGGGUUUCUCGCCUCUUUCUUGGUUGCUUCUUCGCCGUGUCUCACAGCUUUUUGGCGGCCUUUUUGUGCUAUUCUUUGGUUUGGAUCCAACGAACAAUGUAUAUACUCUCCGUUCCAAAAUAGAUGACCCAACUUUAUACUAAGGUCAGUACAAAGUUGGGUCAUCUAUUUUGGAACGGAGGGAGUAGUAGGGAAAGUGGUGAUGUAAAUUGUAAAGUAGAUGUUCUACUGUCCAUACGGCUUUUUGUGUGUGGAACAACAACAAACCAAACAUUCUCAGUUGAUCUGCUGCUUUGUGUGUGGCACAAACCAAGCAUUUUCACUUGAUCCGCUGUCCAAAAACACGGUACAGACGAGCUUACCAGGAAGAGGAGGAAGAAGAAACCUACAAGGGUGCAAAGCAAUGUUGGUUGGUUGAACCCAGAAGCCAAACCUGGAAACUGAUGAGGACAGAAGCGAUUCUGUAUGCCCUGCAAGGGUGCAAAGCAAUGUUGGUUGGUUGAUCCCAGAAGCCAAGUUAUGUUCCACUAAAGAAACAAGUUAUGCAAUGUAAUUAUGAUUAUGAA